GGGCGGCCCCGUAGACCCAAGGAAAGCGUCGACCCGUAAGGUCCCAGAUUAACCCUUUCCCUGCUCGCUCACUUUAAGAGGCCCGAUCGUGUUCCGUGCCUGCGCAAGCGGAGGCGCGCCUUCUCCCCCCCCCCCAGCCCGCACCGCGCAUGCACGGGGAGGGGGGGUGGUGGGGGUGUUCGCGGCAGGCUAGAUAUUCUGUGCUCGUGCAGGAGGAGGGCUGCUACCACCAGGGACGUGCACGAUUCCCCCUACCCCACCCCCUCCCCAAACUACAAAAAAAAAAAAAAAAAAAAAUCCAAAACACUGCCACCCACCGUGCCCCCGCGUCCAUCCCGUCCCGGCCUGCGCGUUGCCGAAAGCGGGAGCCCACGGCGAGCGUCUGUGGCUGUUUCGGGCUGCAGAUCUGGCUUGCCUCUGAUCAGACUUACUCUGAUCUGAAGAUUUUGGAGUUCAAGGCAUUAAGAAAAUAGCCUGAAUUGUUCAUGGAGUUUUUCAUCAGUAUGUCUGAAACCAUAAAGUAUAAUGACGAUGAUCAUAAAACACUGUUUCUGAAAACGCUGAAUGAACAGCGCCUGGAAGGAGAAUUUUGUGAUAUCGCCAUCGUGGUUGAAGAUGUAAAAUUCAGAGCCCAUCGGUGUGUUCUCGCUGCCUGCAGCACCUACUUUAAGAAGCUUUUCAAGAAGCUGGAGGUGGAUAGUUCCUCGGUCAUAGAGAUCGAUUUCCUCCGCUCUGACAUAUUUGAAGAGGUCCUGAACUACAUGUACACAGCCAAGAUUUCUGUGAAAAAGGAGGAUGUUAACUUGAUGAUGUCGUCGGGUCAGAUACUGGGUAUCCGGUUUUUGGAUAAACUCUGUUCUCAGAAGCGGGACGUGUCUAGUCCUGACGAGAGUAACGGCCAGUCAAAGAGUAAGUACUGCCUCAAAUUAAAUCGCCCCAUCGGGGAUGCUGCUGAUGCCCAGGAUGAUGACGUGGAGGAAAUCGGGGAUCAGGAUGACAGCCCUUCGGACGACACCGUAGAAGGCACACCCCCCAGUCAGGAGGACGGCAAGUCUCCCACAGCUACUCUCAGGGUUCAGGAAGCGAUUUUGAAAGAGCUGGGGAGUGAAGAAGUUCGCAAAGUGAACUGCUACGGCCAGGAAGUGGAAUCCAUGGAAACUCCUGAGUCCAAAGAUUUGGGGUCUCAGACCCCGCAAGCCUUAACAUUUAAUGACGGGAUGGGCGAAGUGAAAGAUGAACAGACCCCAGGCUGGACCACAGCCGCCAGUGACAUGAAGUUUGAGUAUUUGCUGUACGGUCAUCACCGGGAGCAGAUUGCCUGCCAGGCGUGUGGUAAGACAUUUUCUGAUGAAGGCAGAUUGAGGAAGCAUGAGAAGCUCCACACCGCAGACAGGCCAUUUGUUUGUGAGAUGUGUACGAAAGGUUUCACCACCCAGGCCCACCUGAAAGAACACCUGAAAAUUCACACCGGGUAUAAGCCCUACAGCUGUGAGGUGUGUGGGAAGUCCUUCAUCCGGGCCCCGGACCUAAAGAAGCAUGAGCGGGUCCACAGCAAUGAGAGACCAUUCGCGUGUCACAUGUGUGACAAGGCCUUCAAACACAAGUCUCACCUCAAGGACCACGAGAGGAGACACAGAGGGGAGAAGCCUUUUGUGUGUGGCUCCUGCACCAAGGCGUUUGCCAAGGCCUCAGAUCUGAAGAGACAUGAGAACAAUAUGCACAGUGAGAGGAAACAGGUCACUCCCAGUGCCAUCCAGAGUGAGACGGAACAGUUGCAGGCCGCAGCCAUGGCGGCCGAGGCCGAGCAGCAGCUGGAGACAAUCGCCUGUAGCUAGAGGGGAUGGGUCAGAAACUCUUGGCCUGGGAGGUUGAUGCUGAGGUGGCACUGGAUCAUGGUCACCGAACACCUUUGACUGCUUUUGGGGCAACUUAAAAGUGUUGUACUGGCUGGACCUAAGGCAAUGCUCACUCCAGUUAGGUGGUUUUCAAAUUUCUCAAGGCAGUUCACGUUCCUACGUCCUGACCAAACAGUUGUUUUUGGUUGAUUUUUGUUUUUUGUUUUGUUUUUUUGUUUUGUUUUUGUUUUUGUUUUUGUUUUGUUUUGUUUUUUUGGUGUGGUGUCUAGUAUUCAUGUUCCCAGUAAGCACCCCUGCCCUUCUUUGUGGUUUUAAUUUGGAAACCCCUUUGUCCAGUUCAAAGUGAGCAGCUUCUGUUCCAAUCUUAAUUUCUCUACACUUGCCAAGCUGGUGAGUGCACUGCAGAGUAAUUGGAUAAAUUGAUUUCCUAAUCGUCCCAAUAUAUGUGACUUACGGUCCAAACAGCAGUUUUAAUAACUGGAUACAAGAACUUCGUGUUGAUGCAGAAAACGUCGGCACACGCUGACCCAGAACACUGUAUAAGUACAAAACCAAGUUUGGAAACAUGGAAUGGUGUUAGUUUUAUAUUUGGUUUGUUGAUUUUUUUAAAAAUAUCUGUAUAUCAUUGUUUUUACUGUUUCUGUGGACAAUAAUGGUUGCUUUGCUGAAGUGUUUCUUCAUCCAUUGUGAUGGCCCCUGUACCCACCCCAAAUGCUACAGGUCAUGUGUACCUCAGGGUAAAUGAGACCACUGGGGUGCUGGUAGUGCUGAGACUGAGUUCCUCUUUGGUCCAGUGUGGCCACUCUACCUGUGGGUGUCUGUGGAGUGAACCAUAGUGAGAAAAGGAGAAAAAUCUCUGAGACAAGGUUUUCACAGGUACAGAAAAACCCUGAGAUUUCCUAAGUCUUCAAGUCCUGACUGAUUUCAAAAUUGGUUUUGUAUUUAAGAUCAAAAUUAGGACAAGAAACAAAAUGUUUCUUGAGUUGUUUUUGUAGUUUACGGAUGAUCAAGCUUUGGGGCUCUCUGCAGCACUCAGUUUCUCAUGAAGAAGAUGCUUAAAUAAAUUGAAAAUCUUUUGAAUGUGUAAAUAGUAAUGUUGGUCCUGUGUGUUUCAAGGAAAAGGACAGCUGCACUUUUUUUCCUUUUUUCUUUUCUUUUUUUUU